AUGACGCUUCGCUUGUCUUUGCCGUACAUACUCCUUGGGUGCGUCUAUGCGGGGACUGCAUAUACGCAAAAGGGAAUCAUAAUACCAAGGAGUCUGAUUGGUUUCACCACUGAUUUCCAGGCCCAAACCAGAUCGUGGCUAACAUGCCCGGAUGAUAGCACCUUUCACGUCAGUAGCACCUAUGCCACCUGCAUGAUUGCUGGUGAUGUCUGGUUCAACGAUGAGAUGAUGACUGCUUGCUCGGCCAUCACGCAAUACUUUGCGAAUGGAAAAUCACAAAUAUGCACCGGAUGGGAAGCUUACUGCCUCACCACCACCAUCUACGAAAGCUAUCCCUCAGCGAGCUUAAGCUGGGUGAGUUUCGGGUGCGAGCCCGUUGACGUCACCGGUGAUCACCACUUUACGCUCUAUCGCAGCCCGGGCACAUUUACUUCAACAGCAGCAACAACAACCUCUUCCCAAGACAGCGAGAUGACAACGGGGACAGCAAGCCCCGCGUCGUCAAUCUCCGGGUUGGAAUCUCAACCACAGCCUACUGCCGACGACUCCAAUGUCCCUACAAUAUCUUCCUCCUCCUCUGGUUCAAAAGCCUGGAUAGCCGGAGCCGCCGCAGGACCAGUCCUGGCUAUUCUAGCACUGGGUUGUUUGGCAUUCUGGUGGAAACGAAGGAGGGCUAAAAGACUUGCAGAGAAGUCAGGGUCUGAUGGGUCACCAGAGACUCAUGAGGCACCAGUACAGUCUCCUAAGACCGAUGAGGUCUCUGAACUACCGUGGCAGUGGUCUGCCAGGCUGUCUGAGCUACCGACGACAGAAAGAGCUGUGGAAUUGCAGUCGCCGUCGCCUGUUUUUGAGGUUGAAUGA